AUGAAGGAGCUUGGCUCAAUGGCCGGCCAGGAGCCACUGGAGUAUGCUUUGCACGAGAUCAUUGCGAGAUCACAGCAGUUGCUGAGCAAAGGAGUGGACGAUUUGAGGCCUAUCAAGCGCCACCGACGCUACGGUCCGAUUGUGGAGAAGCACACCAGCAGGAUCCGAGAACUUGGGAAGAGAUAUCAAGCAUUGGAGCUAAAUGCCAGACCAGAAAACGAGUGGUACAUCCUCGAGGACACGGGAGGUCUCCCUAGGCAUGUCCGGAGCGCUAGGUGGAAGUUCAAGAGGCGGUGGGGUCAAGUUUGCAGUGCUUUGAAGAUGGGAUAUGUCGACCAGCUAAAUCGCCCAGUUGCAGAAUGUUGCGGCGUACUUACAUCUCAAUCCUGCCUGAAGCUGAACCAUCAAAUAUGUGAGUUUGUGUAG